AUGUCAGGACCACCGCCUCAGCCGCCGAGGACGGCCAGUGUUGGACCGCAAAAUGUUCCUCCCACUCCUUCACAUCAACCACCACCUGCGCAACCGCAGUCACAGCAGAAUCUGAAUCAAAUUGUACUCGAGUAUCUUGCCAAGAAAGGCUACAACAAGACUGAAGCCAUGCUGCGAAGGGAGAGCGCUCAUGCAGAUGCUGAUGGUCGACCUAUCAUCCGCCGUGCCGAGGAUGCUGGCGGAGAAAUGUACGAGAAAGCCUACGAACUAUUAUUGAGAUGGGUCGAAAAGUCUCUGGACAUCUACAAGGAUGAGCUCGGUCGGUUACUAUGGCCCAUCUUUGUGCACUCCUUCCUCGCACUGGCUGCAAACUACUACCCUCGUCAAUGCGCCAACUUCUUCAAACAAUACCGAGAACAGUUUGAGAAAGAACAUCCGGACGAUAUCCGCGCUUUACAGGCCAUCAGCUUGCCAGAGCAUGUCCAGACUAAUCACAUCGCCAAACUCUACCGCGAAAACCACUACAGACUCACAAUUACCGACCUGGCGUACUCGGCCUUGUUGCAAUUCCUAGAAGCACACGACACCGAGGGAGGCUCGGUCAUUCUUAAUCUACUCACAAAUCACAUCGAAUUGAAGCACGUGGACCGAGUGGCCUCAGGAGCAGAGCGCAGUCUUGCAAGGAUUCUCGCAAAGCAAAGAGGCAUUUCAGAUGUGCCUGCUGAGGACGAGGGCAUUCCUGGACACAAUCCUGGUUCGGCAAACACAGACCGCAAUGCACCACCAGUCUUGGCAAAACUUGCGCUUGCGCCGAUGCCCAUGGAGGCAGACUUGAUGGAAGACGUCAAAGCAGAGCUACAAGAACACGAUUCGCUACGUCCACCUCCGCCAGGCCGCAAUACGCUCGUCGAGGAAUUCGAGCAGCGCAUCAAGCAAGAACCCAACGACGACGCGCCAUCGCGCGAUCAAAUUCCAUUCCCACCUUCGCUCGCUCGCGACGUCGCCAUGGAGGUGCAAAGGAUCAAAGAGAACCGUGAUAGAUUCAAGAUCGAAAGCAGAACAGACGGUGUCGGUCCGGGCGUUAGCGUGACAAUGUUCACCUACCACAACACCUUUGAUAGUAUCAACUGCGUCGAGUUUUCGGGAGACGAGAAGCUUGCAGCAGUGGGAACAGCAGAAUCAUACAUCCGAGUCUGGUCGCUUGACAACAAACCUCUCGUCUCUCCUCUCGACCCUCCUACACAACAACCUUCUUCCUCGCGACGACUAAUAGGACACUCCGGACCCGUCUACGGUCUCUCAUUCUCGCCAUCGAUUGCUGUUCCCUCGGGCUCCACGCAGGCCAACGGCAGUACCGACAAUGACUCUCAAACAUCGCCUUCCCACCCCCGCUACCUCCUUUCAUGCUCCGCUGAUAGCACCAUCCGCUUGUGGUCGCUUGACACCUUCACCAACUUGGUAGUCUAUCGCUCUCACACUUCUCCCGUCUGGGAUGUCAAGUUCUCACCCUUCGGCCAUUACUUCGUCUCAAGUGGCGCCGACCGAACAGCGCGUAUGUGGAGCACAGCACAGAUCGCGCCUCUGAGACUAUUCGUUGGCCACGAUAGCGACGUCGAAGCCAUCUCAUGGCACCCCAACUCAGCCUACGUCUUCACUGCUGCAGGUAGUCCAGAUCGCAGUAUCCGCAUGUGGGACGUGCAGCGUGGCAGUGCCGUGCGUUUGUUCACUGGACACACCGGCAACGUGACGAGCAUCGCAUGCGCGCCCAACGGUAAACUUGUCGCCAGCGCUGACGACCGUGGCGAGAUCCUACUCUGGGACCUGGCAACCGGUCGUCUGGUCAAGCGCAUGAAGGGACACGGCCGCGGUGGCAUCUGGACUCUCGACUGGAGCAUUGAAAGCACCGUCCUCGUCUCCGGUGGCGCAGACUGCACAGUCAGAGUCUGGGAUGUACAACCACCUACCGUGUCCAGCGGCAGCGAUGCAAAGGCACUCGCCGACGGCGGUCUGAACAACAGGGACGGAGGCGCAGGAGCUGGAGGUGCGGCCAACAACAAGAACAAGAAGGCAAAGGACGUCGUUGUCUCGCCUGACCAGAUCAGCGCCUUCCCUACCAAAAAGAGUCCGGUGUACAAGGUCAGAUUCACACAGAUGAACUUGGUCAUGGCCAGUGGCGCCUAUCUGCCUUGA